GAAAGAAAUUAUUUCUUGGGCGUUGGUGCAUGGUUUACCUUGCUCCGCACUCAUAGCCCAAGGGAGCCCCACACCUCCAAAAUGCUCUGAAACUCAAAAUCUCCAAUCACAAAAAUCAAAAGCCAAACCCAUCCCUCCGUCUCUCUCUCUCUCUCUCUCUCUGUUUAAAUUUUUUUUACCUUUUCAAGUCUCUCGCAGAACUUUACACACUCUCUCAUUGCCAAAAACCCUAGAUUUUUCCACCGAGGUCCCAUCCAUGGCCGACGAUCAGGCGGUAGCAGCAUCGCCGCCUUCUUUUUCUAUGUCAUCCUCAGCUGCGCCGCUAGGCAACUCUGUGAUCCCGAUAGUGAAUAAGCUUCAAGACAUAUUCGCACAGCUCGGCAGCCAAUCCACAAUCGAGCUUCCUCAAGUUGCCGUUGUUGGCAGUCAGAGUAGCGGCAAGUCAAGCGUGCUCGAGGCCCUCGUCGGACGCGACUUCUUGCCAAGGGGUUCCGAUAUCUGUACACGGCGGCCGCUGGUCCUUCAGCUCCUUCAGACCAAGAGAAAUCCCGAUGGGACCGACGAGGAGUACGGCGAGUUCCUUCACUUGCCAGGGAAGCGAUUCUACGAUUUCUCUGAGAUUCGGAGGGAAAUUCAGGCUGAGACAGAUAGGGAAGCUGGAGGAAAUAAAGGUGUAUCAGACAAGCAGAUUCGAUUGAAGAUAUUUUCACCAAAUGUUCUUGACAUCACUUUGGUGGAUUUGCCUGGUAUAACAAAAGUUCCUGUUGGUGACCAGCCCUCUGAUAUUGAAGCGCGGAUCAGAACAAUGAUCAUGUCUUACAUUAAAGUUUCGAGCUGUUUAAUUCUGGCUGUUACACCAGCAAAUUCUGAUUUAGCAAACUCUGAUGCUCUUCAGAUUGCAGGAAAUGCAGAUCCUGAUGGUCUGAGAACCAUUGGCGUAAUCACGAAGUUAGAUAUUAUGGACAGAGGUACAGAUGCUCGGAAUCUGUUGCUUGGAAAAGUGAUUCCCCUGCGACUUGGUUAUAUAGGUGUUGUGAAUCGUAGUCAGGAGGAUAUUAUUCUCAACAGGAGCAUCAAGGAUGCACUUGUGGCAGAAGAAAAAUUUUUCCGCAGCCGUCCUGUAUAUAAUGGACUAGCUGAACGUUGUGGUGUUCCUCAAUUGGCAAAGAAGUUGAAUCAGAUACUAGUACAACAUAUUAAGCAAGUGCUUCCUGGGCUCAAGUCACGUAUAAGUACUGCAUUGGUUUCUGUUGCCAAGGAGCAUGCCAGUUAUGGGGAAAUCACAGAAUCAAAGGCUGGUCAGGGAGCUCUUCUUCUUAACAUUCUUUCAAAGUUCUCCGAAGCAUUUUCAUCAAUGGUGGAAGGGAAAAAUGAAGAAAUGUCAACAUCUGAGCUAUCUGGUGGAGCAAGAAUUCACUACAUCUUUCAAUCAAUCUUUGUGAAGAGUUUAGAGGAGGUAGAUCCUUGUGAGGACUUGACAGAUGAUGAUAUUCGAACUGCCAUUCAGAAUGCAACUGGCCCUAAAUCCGCAUUAUUUGUACCUGAAGUGCCAUUUGAAGUUCUUAUUCGAAGACAAAUAGCUCGCUUGUUAGAUCCAAGCCUUCAGUGUGCUAGAUUCAUAUAUGAUGAGUUGAUAAAGAUUAGCCAUCGCUGCCUAACAAAUGAAUUGCAGCGUUUUCCUGUCCUGAGAAAGCGUAUGGAUGAAGUUAUAGGAAACUUCUUGCGUGAGGGUCUUGAACCCUCAGAAACAAUGAUUGGCCACAUAGUCGAAAUGGAGAUGGACUACAUAAAUACUUCACAUCCAAAUUUUGUUGGUGGGAGUAAGGCUGUUGAAAUUGCAUUGCAACAAGUCAAGUCCUCUCGGAUUCCUUUGGCUCUUUCCAGGCAGAAGGAUGGUGGAGAGCCUGACAAGGCCCCAACAUCUGAAAGAAGUUCGAAAUCUCGAGCAAUUUUUGCUAGACAAGCAAAUGGAAUGGUGACUGAUCAGGCUGUUCGACCUGUGGCAGAUGGUGAAAAAGUUACAUCCUCCGGUAAAACAUUACGAAACACCAGCAGCUCAACUUGGGGGAUUUCAUCAAUUUUUGGUGGGGUUGACCGUACGACUGUUAAAGAGAGCUCAACAAACAAGGCGUAUAAUGAACAUAUCAACAAUGUGGAGCAAUCCUUGUCUAUGAUCCAUUUGAGAGAGCCCCCACCUAUCUUGAGGCCGCCAGAAAGCCAUUCAGAGCAGGAAGCAAUCGAAAUUGCGGUUACUAAACUGCUGCUGAGGUCAUACUAUGAUAUUGUCAGGAAGAAUAUUGAGGACUCUGUACCUAAAGCAAUUAUGCAUUUCUUGGUGAACCACACGAAGCGUGAGUUACACAAUGUUUUCAUUAAGAAGCUUUAUAGAGAGAAUCUUUUUGAAGAAAUGUUGCAAGAACCUGAUGAGGUUGCAAUGAAGAGAAAGCGCACUCGGGAAACACUCCGAGUUCUCCAACAGGCUUUUCGAACAUUGGAUGAAUUGCCUUUGGAAGCUGAAACAGUCGAGAAAGGUUACAGCUUGGGAGCUGCUGAUACAACAGGGUUGCCAAAAAUCCAUGGACUACCUACAUCAUCACUGUAUUCCACUAGUGGUUCCAGUGAUUCUUAUACAUCGUCUCCUAAGAAUCUGAGGUCCCGCAAGUCAUCGCACUCUGGGGAGCUUCACAUUCCAUAUGCUAAUGCAGAUUCUAAUGGGAGUGGACGCGGAUUCUACCCAAGUGUUGAUCUGUAAACUCAAUUAUUUAAAUUUCUUUGGUUUGAAGCGCCUUUAUAACAACAUGGAAGCAUUAUAUUCAUUAAAUUUCUCUUUCCAGCUCUCAGCUUUGGAGGUGUUGGAAUUCUGCCAUCCAAAGUGUUUGUUGGGUUUUAAUUUUCUUCAAUAUAUAGAUAUAUUCGUUU